UUCAUGAAUCUGCAUUGCUAAACCCGACCUAUACUUCGUGUGUUUGUCUUCUUCGCGCUAUAUCCGGUGUCUCGCUGCUCGUAGCAGAUUAAUGGCAUCGCCAAUACCCUCUCUCACACUAGGUUUACUCGUUGUAUCACUAAAUUUUGGACUGAUACAGUCGCUCCGAUGUUUGUCGCAGAAAUUUAGCAGAAACCGACACUACGAGCAUUGUACCGACCUCCCGCAUUUAAGUUCUUACUUACAUUGGAACUACAACCCUGCUGAAUCUUCUGUCGACAUCGCGUUCUUGGCUCCGCCCGCAAGACCCGGCGGAUGGGUCGCGUGGGCCAUAAACCCUAACGGAAGCGGAAUGGUAGGCGCCCAAGCCUUGAUUGCACACAAGGAAGCCAAUGGGUCUAUGGCUGUGAGGACUUUCAAGCUGGUUUCGUACAAGAAGGUCGAGGAAGGUGAGAUUGCAUACAAGGUCUCAAAGGCAGAAGCCGAGUAUAAAAAUGGGGUGGUCACGAUGUUUGCGACGGUUGGGCUUCCGAAGGAGACGGAGGUCUUGAAUCAGGUUUGGCAGGUCGGGAGCUCCGUGGUUGACGGAGUGCCGGCAAUGCACGAGCUCCGGGCUGCGAACUUGAACUCUAGGGGCAAGCUUGAUUUGCCGCAAGGGAAGAGCAGUAGCAACAGGGGAGAGAACUCUAAUCUUCAACGUAAAAGGAUCCACGGACUCCUGAACGCAAUCAGCUGGGGAAUUCUGUUCCCGGUUGGCGCGAUCAUCGCAAGAUACUUGAGGUCUUUGAGGUUCGCCGACCCAUUCUGGUUCUAUCUUCACGUCAGCUGUCAAUGUUCGUCAUACAUCAUCGGGGUGACCGGCUGGGCAAUAGGCCUCGAUCUCGGGAACAAGUCUAAAGGCGUCGAGUACACUUCUCACCGGAUAAUCGGGAUACUGCUCUUCUGUCUCGCGACGUUGCAGAUGUUCGCCUUCUUCGUGAGGCCGAGCAAGGAUCACAAGUUCAGGGUCCACUGGAACGUAUACCACCACGGGAUCGGGUAUGCAAUCGUCGUUCUCGGCAUCAUUAAUGUGUUCAAGGGGCUGGACAUAUUAGGCCCCGCCAAGGCGUGGAAGCUCGGUUACGUUCUCUUUCUCUCCGUGCUAGGCGCAAUCACCUUGUGCUCAGAAACCAUUACUUGGGCGUUGGUCCUGAAGGAAAAACUCCGUAAAUCCAAGAAACCAUAUGACGGAUUCGAUCACAGCACGAAGGAGCAGCCUCUGGCCUCCUAGUAUGAUGACUUCCGAAUUGGAUCUGAUCUCUGCUAGUUGUCGCCUCGGCCGAUUCACAUGAAAGGUCCUUCAGAAAAAAUCGUUGAUUCUCACAUAAAUUCGAGGUAGAUAAAAGUACAAUUGGAUCCAAAAUUAGAUGCUACAUAUUGCAUACUUGUAUCUGUUACAACCGAAAUGAUAUACGGGUUCAAAGAGUAUAUACUAGUUAAAAAAAAGGCUUUAGCAGUGAGGGCAGAUGUUGCUGUUGAGUGAUUUCAAUCUUUUGCAAGUCCUAAGUUGAUGUACAUGAGGUUUCUCGAAUAAAUGUGAUUAUUACUUCAUUGACUGAGUUCCUUCA